UAACCCUCGACUCCAUCGCUUCCACUGCAAUGGCGGAGGACGUGAGGUUUCAUUACAACCAGAGCAGAGAGAUCUCCCUGAGUCAAGCGAAGCUGCUGGAUCACCGAUCGUUUCUGGAAGCUACCAUGCAGCGCGACCGCGAGGGGCGGGCGUUGAAGCGUCCGUUGGAGGGACAGGGCUCGGGAUCUGGUCAUGGCGGCAGUGGGGAGGCAUAUCCGCGUGAGGGCGGAUAUGAUCCUUGGUACAAGCGGCCAUUCGAUGGACCGAUGGGUCGUGGUGUUGGUCUGCAGGGAAGAGCGGGUGCGCAAGAUGACAUGCGCUUUGGGCACGGGCAACCAGGUGCUUGGGAUCGUGAUGGGGGGCGACUGCAGCCUGAACUCCGUAGGGAGGAGAUGCUCCGGCCAAAGUUGGAAAAGGAUAAGGAGCUGCGUGCUGGUGCGGGUGGUCAGGGAGCUCGCCCGGAGGGCCGUAAGGAGCUAUAUUGUCACAGGUGCACGGAAUCGGGUCAUGUCCAGAAGGAGUGUCCUAACCCCCCUGUGUGUUAUGGGUGCAAGAAAUCUGGUCAUGUGCUUGGUAGAUGUCCGGAAUUGGCAAAGAAGCGGCGAGGUCUGCAGAUCUGUGGCGGGGGAGCUCAGGUGGGGCGGUGUUCUUUACUUUGGAGGUGGAGGUGCCACCGGCUGCUCUUCAGUCGGCUUCCGCGAUGGGGAAACUGGUGGUUCAGUCGGGGAAGUGCACAGUGCAGUCUAUUCUGGCAGAACUGAAGCAGUUAUUUGAGAAGAAAUGGGAUGGGAAAGUGAAAGAGUUGGAGCAGAAUGUUUUUCUGGUGGAAUUCCCGGAUAAAAAUACCAGGAAGGAGUUGGCCCGUUUUGUGAAUGGCUUUUGGUUCAUUUCUGAUACGUCAGUUCAUGCCAUUGUGACAGCUACUGAGAGGGAAUUUGACUCUUUUGGGGUUUUGACUGAAGCAUGGGUGAAGCUUUUUGGGCUCCCCGAGUGGGCUAAAUUGGAGGAGACUGUUUUGGAGUUGGCGGUUAUGGUGGGGGAGCCUCGUUCAGUCGAUUUGGCAUCUUUAUAGCGCAAAGGGCCGGUGCGCCUUAUGGUGGCCUGCCCGGAUGUAACAACGAUUGACGGAAUGAAUGUUGUGUAUAUAAAUGGCAAAGGUUUCUACCUGGAGUGGGUUUUGGAGAAGGACCUGAAGUUGUCGACACAGCCUGGUUCUGGUGCCAAGAUUUCAGUGUCUGAUAAGAACAAGGCGUCACCAAAAAUUGACAAACAGGUGGCGAGUUCGCAGCCGGUGGGAGGGGGGUCGGAAUCGUCUGCACAGAGUCAUGUGGGUGGGAGUGGCAGUAAGUCUAAAUCUCAGCAGGAUGCUUUGCCUACAGUCAAGGAGGCAAUGGCUACGGAGGUGGCUGAGCAGGUUCAGGUGAAACUACCACUUCCAUCUCCGUCAGUGGGCAGCCCCGGUCCUGCUUCCUCGGACUUGGAAUUUACUAAG